AUGGCCGGAGAAGCGAUCUACUCGACCAAAGUUCCAACUGCCAUUCGUGUCCAGCAGAAGCUUGGCAGAGCCGUUGGCGGAAGGGAUGAGGCCAGGGACUUUGCCAUCAUCCACUACCACAAUGCCACUCUCCAGACAGACUCUAUCGUUGUUCAGAGUCCAGAGCUGAAGAGAUGUCUAGCGGAUAUACUUUCUGGUUGCGUCAAUAUCGAUGCUGCAGCCCCGACCAUUGAGCUUCGACCUCCUUUCAUGGGCCUGAUACAACGUUGGGAUCGCUUGCUUCUGGCAGAAAAGACUGCAGCCAACGAAAAGUCAAAGGAGCUCCUCCAGCUUCUACGAGAAACCCUAGAGAUGGAGCUGCAUAGCUCUCUUCAGUCCAUUCAGGAGUUCCGCAAGACGGGCUACACCACCUUUCCCAACAUUCUGAUGGCAUUCAUGCCUGGCGAGAUCGUACUGAGAUCUAAGGAUGGUGUGCUUUCGGCCGGCAUCCUGAGGCAUGCGUCCAUCGAGAAGGAGUUUAUGGGAGGCCUUGUAUGCAUAUUCAGGGUCCAGAUGCUGGAUUGGAAUGGGAAGGGGUUUGGGUACAGAGAAAAGAUUUGGAAGAUUGAGAACUUUCAGGGAUUCCGUAAAGCGACGGAGCUGAACGUUUUCCCUCUCGGGACUCAUCCAGAUCAAGAGAAAAUCAAGCAGCGUUUGAUUGACAGAGGAAGGGCCUUUGAGGGUUUAUGCGGUCAGCACGUCAAAAACUACAAUGGGUUGGUGCAUUUAGAGUCUGGAUGGGAACGAAAGACGAUCUUUAUAUCGGAGCGCAUAAUCGUCGACGCCAAUGCCUUUUACAGGUUCCAGCACCAUUCGGUUCCGAACCUAACAGAGCUUGAAAGUGAGGAGGGGAAACAGGAGACAGAUUCCGCUAAUGACCCUGGUGGCAUUCACACGAGGAGUCAACAGAAAACCGCCCUGACGGAAAAGCAGUGCAUGUUGGCUGUACCACGCGUCAAGGGAUUCGCCCUCAGUAUGAAGAAGUGGUUCGAAUUCGCCGUCAGCGAUAUCACUCCCAUCACCUGGAAUGAGAAGUUACUGGGCAAUCUCGUCAUCCCAGAUGAAGAGAAACAGCUGCUUCUAGCGCUAGUUGCACAUACUGCCAAGGAGGGGGAUGGAGGGUUUGAUGACUUUAUAGAAGGAAAAGGAAAGGGGUUGAUCUUACUUCUUGCUGGGCCACCAGGAGUAGGCAAGACUUUGACCGCCGAAUCAAUAGCCGAAGAGCUCAAGAGGCCCCUGUACAGGGUCGGGGCUGGCGACCUAGGCCUUUCUGCCGAAAAUGUUGAAUCUUCUCUGAAAGAAGCUUUCCGUCGAUGUUCGCACUGGAACGCAGUGCUACUCAUUGACGAGGCCGAUGUGUUUCUGGAAAAGCGAUCUAGCGAUAGACUAGCUCAAAACGAGCUGGUAUCAGUGUUGUUGACAUCACUGGAAUAUUACCAAGGCGUUCUCAUCCUCACCACCAACAGGACCGAGGAAAUCGAUUCAGCUUUCGAGUCUCGUAUCGAUAUUAUACUGACUUACGAUCACCUGAGCCAAGAUGCCCGAAGACAAAUCUGGUCCAACUUCAUCAGUCGGCUACCUCCAGGCUCUGUGGAUCUUGAUGACGCGGACUUGGACAACCUCUCGCAGUGGGAUAUUAACGGGAGGCAAAUAAAAAGCGCCAUCAAGACUGCACGGAUCAUGGCAAGUAAUGAAGUUGCACCGCUUGGUGUGCGUCAUCUGGACAUUGUGCUCAAUAUUCGGAGAAGAGGUUCCAAGGUCCUAGGUACGCAGGGCUGA